UCUCUCUAUUUCUCUCUCUAUGUUUCUCAAUUACUUUGAAGUAAUUCAAGUUGGGUUUUGGUUGUUUUUCUGUUUGCCAUCUGGGUUUGAUCUCUCUUUCUUUUUCUUUUUUGGGCAAAUGAUUUCUUUUUUUGGGUUGCAUGUGUGGGUUUCAAAAUUUUGUGUAAUUUUGAUUAAUCUUUAGGGAAAAUAAUAGUUAGUUUGAGAUAAUUUUGGCGUUUUGUUAUCUGGGUAUGCUCAAAGUGUUUUUAUUUUUUUACUUUUUUGAAGGACAGCAAGCUAAAAUUGAGAGCAGGACAGUGUUGACUUGGAAAUUUUUUUGUAUGAGCUUCUGAGUUUUGUGCUGCAUUUUCUCUUCAAUUCUUCUGAUGCUUUUAUUUGAUCAUUCAAGUGGGUUUUGCAUGAUUUGCUUGAGUAGAGAUUUUUUCAGUGGAAUUGUCUUUCGGCUUUGAUAUUUGCUGUACACUCUGGUGGAUGUUUGUACUAGAAUUUACAAGCACGCUGCUACACAAACAUGUGUUGUUGCUGUGUGUGCUUAAUUUUCUGCAUUGAUUCCUCUGCUUUUGUUUUUUUUUUUUGAAAAAAGCUGAUGCUUUCUUUACGUGCAUCUUCUUGUUUAUCUGCUUUACAAGGAUGUGUUCUCAAACUAGUGAUGGUUUUCGUGAUUAUGUUUAAUUUUGUGCAAGGCAUUUUUGAUCGAUCUGCCGGGUUUUCACAUUCCAUGUAUGUCAUCUUUGAUAGUGCUAGCAAUCUUUCUGUUCAUCUCAAAGUUUUUUGUAAUAUUUUUUCCUGGGCAGAAAGUGAAACAUCAACAUGGAGAAGCAUUCUGAGGAUUCUAUAUCUGGACAAAUCAGAGGACCUUAUGAGAUUCCACCAAUUAACUUUUCUAGAAAAGCAGGAAACAAAUUGUGGGGGGUAAUGCGUGAAAAAACUGAUGCAUAUCAUGCAACAAAUGAUGCCAGCUUGUUUUCUAGCUCAUUGCCUGUCCUUCCUCAUGAGAAGUUGAAUUUCACUGAUUUAGGAAAUGGUGGUAAAUCAAUUGAUGAUGGAUUGCCUAAUUUAAACAAACCUGAGCGAGAAAAGUGGAGUAAAGAUCCUCUUGAAGAUAUAGAACCAAUUGAAAUUGGAAGCAUCCUUCCUGACGAUGAAGAUGAUCUUUUAGCUGGAUUGACUGAUGAUUUUGACCUUAGUGGGCUGCCUAAUCAGCUUGAGGAUAUGGAAGACUACGAUCUUUUUGGCAGUGGAGGAGGAAUGGAAAUGGACUUUGAAUCACAAGAUGGUCUAAGUAUAGGUUUAUCUAAGAUGAGCAUCAGUGAUGGGGUGUCUUCAAAUGGUAUUAACCACUAUUCACUUCCAAAUGGCGUGGGAACUGUGGCUGGGGAGCAUCCUUAUGGAGAGCAUCCAUCAAGAACCUUGUUUGUUCGAAAUAUUAACAGUAAUGUAGAGGAUUCUGAAUUGAGAACUCUCUUUGAGCAAUAUGGAGAUAUCCGAACUUUGUACACGGCGUGCAAGCAUAGAGGUUUUGUGAUGAUAUCCUACUAUGAUAUCCGAGCUGCUCGUACAGCAAUGCGUACAUUGCAGAACAAACCCUUGAGGCGGAGAAAACUUGACAUUCAUUUUUCAAUUCCCAAGGACAACCCAUCUGAAAAGGAUAUUAACCAAGGAACUCUUGUAGUAUUUAAUUUGGAUGCAUCAGUGUCAAAUGAUGAACUUCGUCAAAUAUUUGGGGCUUAUGGGGAGGUCAAAGAGAUUAGAGAAACACCACACAAGAGACACCAUAAGUUUAUAGAAUUUUAUGAUGUUCGAGCUGCUGAUGCGGCUCUCAGAGCAUUAAAUAGGAGCGACAUAGCUGGGAAACGAAUAAAACUUGAACCAAGCCGCCCUGGUGGAGCUCGUCGGAACUUAAUGCAACAACUUACUCAAGAGCUUGAACAAGAUGAAACCAGAAGUUUCCGACCUCAAGUUGGUUCACCAAUAACCAACUCUCCUCCAGGUAACUGGCAAUUUGGCAAUCCAGUAGAACAUAAUCCCAUGCAGGCUUUCAGUAAGUCUCCUGGUAUAGGAAGUCUCAGCCCUGUAAGUAGCAACCACUUGACUGGGUUAGCUUCAAUUCUCCCGCCUCAUGUAUCUAACUCUCCGAAGAUUGCACCAAUUGGCAAGGAUCAGGGAAGGUUUAACCAGACAAAUCAAAUAUAUAACAAUGGCGGGUCAUCGCAAGGAGCAGCCUAUCAGCAGUCACAUUCUUUUAGUGAUCAAAAACUGAGCACAAGCCCUGGUCCCAUUUCUUUUAGUGAAUCAAAUUCAAAUCCACCUGGUAUUGGAACAUUGUCAGGUCCUCAAUUUCUCUGGGGUAGUCCAACCCCUUAUCCUGAGCGUUCAAGCUCUUCUGCUUGGCCUAUAUCAUCUGGGAGUCGACAGCUCUCAUCCAAUGGACAGGGACAGGGAUUUACGUACACUAGCCGGCAUGGCUCUUUAAUUGGAUCAUCUCACCAUCAUGUGGGAUCGGCUCCAUCAGUUGUUCCUUUCGAAAGGCACUUUGGCUUUUUCCCAGAGUCUCCAGAAACAUCUUUCACAAGUCCAGUUGGAUUUGGAGGGGUUGGUUUAAACCGUAAUAAUGGGAAUUAUAUGGUGAAUGUUGGUGGUCGUACAGCCUUGAGUGCUGGUAUUGGUCUUCCAGGAAAUAUUACUGAAACCGGUUCACCUAACUUCAGAAUGCUGUCUUUGCCAAAGCCUGCUUCAGUUUUCAUUGGGAAUGGUUCUUAUGUAGGAUCUCCAUCGAGCAAUGGUGAGGGAUUAGUUGAACGUAGUCGGAGUCGGCGAGUUGAAAAUAAUGGAAACUUGGAUAACAAGAAGCAGUACCAGCUUGAUUUAGACAAAAUUGUCACUGGGGAGGAUGCCAGGACUACUUUAAUGAUUAAAAACAUCCCCAACAAAUACACUUCAAAGAUGUUGCUGGCUGCUAUUGAUGAAUUUCACCGGGGCACUUAUGAUUUCUUAUACUUACCAAUUGAUUUCAAGAAUAAGUGCAAUGUGGGUUACGCAUUCAUCAAUAUGGUGUCUCCAGCUCACAUUAUACCUUUCUAUAAGGCAUUUAAUGGGAAGAAAUGGGAGAAGUUUAAUAGUGAGAAGGUUGCUUCUUUGGCGUAUGCACGGAUCCAGGGUAAGGCUGCCCUUGUGACACACUUCCAAAAUUCAAGUCUAAUGAAUGAGGACAAGCGAUGUCGGCCAAUUGUCUUCCACUCGGAAGGUCAAGAGACUGGUGAUCAGGAACCUUUUAUUUCCAGCAAUUUGAAUAUAUGCAUUCGUCAGCCAGAUGGGUCUUAUAUAGGAGAUCCACUUGACAGCCCAAGGGGAAGUCUGGAUGAGAAAAUAGAGUAUUAACAAUGUGUUGGUGAUCCUAUUCUCAGCAUUGAGAAAUAGGUACAUAAAGGGUGAUGCUAACUUUUCAUGGGUAUCUAAGUGUAUAUUUUAGAAGAGAAGCCGAUGAAUUUGGUGUCGUUGCUCGCUUGUUUCAUGGUGGUGUCCACUUUUAAGUUAUGGAUUCAUCACACAGCACAAAUGGAAAUGGAAAAUAUCGCAGGGAAAGAAGCAGAGAGCAAUUUGUUUUUAUGUAGAGUAACAAAUUGAUAUUCAACCAGGGGAGAAAAAUAAGGUGAAAGCCUAUGGCUGAACUGUGAAGUCUCUCUGCAGCCUUAUGACUCACCGGUUUGUGCAGACGUCUCCCUUGGAGGUUUUUCUUUCUUUUUCUGUUUUUUUUUGUCACGGAUCUUUAAAAUCCAGUUGCAAAUAUGUUUUACUUGUUAAUAUUUAGAGGGGUCGGUCGAGUUUAGGGACUUUCAAAAUUUGUAUAAAGGGGAAAAACUGAACCAUCUUGUUAAUGUACUAGUGUGUGUUGUAGAGAACUAGUGAAUUGAACGAUAUAAAAGGCUUGUACAGAUGAUUUACAACUUUCCCUUA